AAACCGCAUUGCAACGUGCUCAUGGCACAAUUGCGGGAUUACUUGCACACUGCAGUACCAGCUCCGUUGAUGGACGCCGGAGCAGCGGUUGUCGACCUUCACGUUUACAUCGCGAAGAUCGACCGCGAGUUCAAGACGCAACGGUACGACGACAUCGACGCACCAUUGCUAUACGUACGCAUUCAGAUCGGAGAGGCGACCUGCAGUGCCUUGAUCGAUUGCGGAGCAUCUCGCAACUACAUCAGCCAGGACUUCAUGGUGCGCGCCGGCCUUGGCCCACGCGUCCGAAGGAAGGCCCAACCUACGCAAGUCACACUGGCGGACUGUCACACGCACAAGUCAAUCGACCGGUGCAUUGACGACGUCCCAGUGUACUUUGCCCCUCGCGCAAGUGGGGCGGUGUCCUUUGACAUUCUGGACACCAAAUUCGACAUGAUCUUGGGCAUGUCAUGGCUGCGAAGCAAGGAUCAUCCGGUGAACUUCUUCAACCGCACCGUUCACGUUCGUGAUCGGAACGGAGUAUUAGUUCCAUGCACGGUGCCUCUUCCUCAUACUUCGAUCAGCUGCCACGUGGUAUCCGCCGCAAGCAUGCGAGCUUCCAUCAUCAGAGACGACAUCGAGGAGAUGGGGGUGUGUUUUCUCCACGCCCUCCCGCCACAUGACGCUUCAUCGACGGACUCACCUUGGGAUCCACGCAUCACCGAACUUCUCGACGCCUACAGCGACGUGUUCGAAGGACCGCACGGAGUAGUACCAGAUCGACCCAUCCGCCACGAGAUCAUCCUCGAGGACGGGGCCGUACCUCUGCGCGGUUGCAUCUACCGAACGAGCGAGGAAGAGUUAAGUGUGCUUCGGGCACAACUCGACGACCUUCUGGAGAAAGGCUGGAUUCGGCCUAGCUCAUCGCCAUACGGUGCUCCAAGUCUCUUCGUCCGGAAGAAGAACAAGGACCUGCGGUUGUGCAUCGAUUAUCGCAAGCUCAACGCGCAGACGAUCAGGAACGCCGGCCCUCUCCCACACAUCGAUGACCUUCUCGAGCGAUUGGGCGGCGCCCAGUUCUUCUCUAAGCUGGAUCCCAAGUCAAGGUACCACCAACUCGAGAUUCGCAAGGAGGAUCGCUACAAGACCGCGUUCAAGACACGGUAUGGACAUUUCGAAUGCCUGGUCAUGCCAUUUGGCCUUACGAAUGCCCCGGCCACUUUCCAAGCGGCUAUAACAACGGAGUUCCGACACAUGCUGGAUCGGUUUGUACUCAUCUACCUCGACGACAUCUUGGUGUAUAGUCGGAGUUUGGACGAGCAUGUGGAACACCUGCGCACCGUUUUGGAGCGGCUACGACAAGCCAAGUACAAAGCAAACUGCGACAAGUGCGAGUUCGCACAACAGGAGCUGGAGUACUUGGGACACUAUGUGACGCCGCAAGGCAUCCGUCCGCUUGCGGACAAGAUCGAGGCCCUACGAGUAUGGCCCGAGCCCACCAACACCACGGACGUUCGUUCAUUCAUGGGGUUGGCGGGCUACUAUCAGCGAUUCAUCACCGGAUACUCUAGGAUUGCUGCACCUAUGACAAGGUUACAGUCGCGAAAGGUGCCAUUCGUAUUCGAUGACGACGCACGCCGGUCAUUCCAAGCACUUAAGACGGCUAUGCUCAUGGCACCCGUCCUUAGCAUUUAUGACCCCACCCUGCCGACGCGAGUGACUACGGACGCUUUCGGCUAUGGCAUUGGGGCAGUCUUGGAACMGCACGACGRCRACGRYUGGCACCCUGUGGAGUAUUUCAGCCACAAAGUGCCUCCCAUCAACUCGCUUGAUGAUGCAAGGAAGAAGGAGCUGCUCGCAUUCGUGAUGGCUCUCAAGCGUUGGCGGCACUUCCUCCUUGGGCGUCGUAGGUUCACAUGGGUCACAGACAACAAUCCAUUGACCUACUACAAGACGCAGGACACGGUGAGCAGCACGAUUGGACCAUGGGUGUACUUCAUCGACCAAUUUGACUUCACACCGAAACAUGUCCCCGGCCUCUCCAAUCGCGAGCAGAUGCACUCUCGCGAAGACCUGAUCUUUGCGUUAUGACACAUCAUGCCUUCGCAUUCAACGAGGAGCUUCAGCGACACUUCAUCCGGACAUAUCAGUCUGAUCCGGACUUCGGCACGCUCUAUGCACAGC